AUGGAAACAAUAAUUCCGGGUGUCCAUGAAUUUGAUGGCUUUUAUUGGGAAAUCGAUCCGAAUGCUCCUGAGAAAGCGAAACGUCUUUUUUCAGCUGGUAAAAGCUCUCAAAGUGACGCCGUGCUUUAUUUUUGGCUCAAGCUCCGAGAACUUACAUUUGACGAGCAGGAAGAUCUUCAAAAGUUAACAACGACUCUAAACUUUAUACCCCAAAUGAUUGCCUAUUUUCUAGAGAAGGAGCUCGAGUUUGAAGAAAAAGUUAAUAUUUGCAAGAUUUUCGAUUUGGAUCCCGACUCGAGCUUGGUGCUAAUAGCUAAAUUGUCCAGUGAUGUUUUUACCUACGAUAAUGUGAUGCACAGACUGGUCUUUCACAAAGAGAAUUGGGCGAAAGAAGAGAAGAAAACGACCGGUUUCGAAGAUGAUGAUCAAGGCAAACUUUUAACAAAAUACAUAGAUGACGAU